GUUCAAGUUUCAUGGUUUACACCCGACCCAAGCAAAGUCCGUUGUCCCUUCCGAUCUCCGAUCUACCCAACAAAAUCUUGUAAUUGUUACAAUCCAUUACCGCCACCGCCGAUCACAAUCGGUUUUUGUCUUCAUCGAUUUUAGCUGAAGAUUUUGCAAUUCGAGCCAUCUGCAAAAACCUAUACGUCGAUUAUUAAUUUCAGGGUUAUUGAUUUAAUUAGGAUAAAUGGGUGAAGAAGAUGACAAUACAGACAAAAAGACAAAGAGGAGCUUUUUCUCUCGAGUCUGGAAUGUGUUGUUUAGGUUACAUGCUGAUGAUUUUGAGAAAAGAUUGCAAUAUAUAUCUAAAGAAGAGGCCACUCUUCUUGCUAGAAUGAAGAGGAGAUCUUCGAGUUGGAAGGCAACAACUAGAAAUUUAAUCAUCGUUUCUGUUUUUCUAGAGGUCAUAGUAGUGGUUUAUGCUAUAAUUACAAGAUCUGAGGAUUUGGAAUGGCAAAUGAGGGCAAUACAAGUGCUACCCAUAUUUCUUUUGCCAUGUUUAUCAUCGGCUUUAUAUUGGGCACUUUUUAGCUUCACAAAACUCUGCGAUAACAGGGAUCAGAAAACGUUAGAGAGUCUUCGUGCUGAAAGGCAAGCGAAAAUUGAAGAACUUAAAGAGCGAACCAAUUACUAUACCACUCAGCAACUCAUUCAGAAAUACGACUCCGAUCCAGCAGCCAAGGCGGCUGCUGCAUCUGUACUUGCAUCCAAAUUGUGUGCAGAUUCAGGCCUAAAAGUGUUCCUAGAAGAGGGGUUCCAGUUUUAUACUGAAGAUUCCGGAAAGAGUAAUGAUUUUGAGCCUGUGAAACCUAGUGGUUUGCGGAAAAGAUUUACAUCCGAAUCUGCAUCCAAGGGAGGCAAUUUCAUGCCACAGUUUGAUAAGGAAAUGGUUCAGUAUGGUGUGGAAAAUGAGGUGGUAUCCGAGGUUCCUCCCAAAAAACAGCUUGUUGUCGAGCAUCACGACACUAUAACUCCCGUGUCUCAAGAUGGGGGUUGGUUUGCUCGAGUUGCUGCAUUGCUUGUGGGAGCGGACCCCUCACAAUCGUAUGCGCUUAUAUGUGGUCAUUGCCAUAUGCAUAAUGGUCUUGUAAGUAAAGAGGAUUUUCCAUACAUUACAUACUUUUGCCCGCAUUGCGACGCUUUAAAUAAACCAAGGACCUCGGGAGAAAAUUCUCCGGGUACAAGCACCAUUGGUAUAAGAUCUCCAACAAACGAAGGUGCUAGUGCUAACUUGAUUAAACGAAGUAGCGAGCCCAUGAAAUCAUCUACUCUUUUUGGUGAUGGAAUCAAGAAAGAAGACAAUGGCCGAGAACGCAGCUAGUUGAUGAGGAGCUCAACAAUAAACUCGUUAUCUUGUUCUCUUCUCUCGAGUUUUGUUUUCUUCCAUGGGCGCGGAGUUUAUGUAACGGGUGUUGUUGGUUCAUUCAUUGUGAAUGUAUUAGUAUAUAUGGUAGGUAUUGUGUUAUAUGUACAGGUGACAUGUAGUUCGGUUUUCUGCUAAACCCUUAUCGUUUCGUUGGUUCAAGGUUUUGGUCUUAUCUUAGUAGAUGGUUCAAGAU